CAAACAUCCUCCACGAGCUCCCCCAACGACUCCUUUUCCUCCUGGACGAACCUCAUCUGCGUCCUCGCAGACCUUCGACCUGAUCAACACUCCGAUGAGCAUCAGCAGAAAUGCUGUCCUCCGCAACAUGCCUCCGCAGUAAACGACUGGCCAUCGGUAGCUCCGCCGCCAGAGCUUUCUCGUCCAUCUCCUCCACCGCUCCACGACCCGCGCUCUUGACGAAACGACGGGAACUCGGCCUGACCACAUACAAGGCCCUCACGUCGCAAAAUCGCAGCUAUGCCGUCGCCGCUGAAGACACAAAUAAGGGCGUCGACGCCUCCGACUCAUUCCUGUCAGGGAAUACCGCCAACUAUGUCGAUGCCAUGUAUGCCGAGUGGAAGCAUGACCCAUCAGCGGUGCACGCCUCAUGGAACGCGUACUUUAAGAACAUGGACAACGGCGACAUGCCAGUCAGCCGCGCUUUCACACCACCUCCAACUAUUGUUCCAACCCCAGCUGGAGGUGUUCCAGCACCAAACUUUGGCGCUGUUGGAGCUGCGCAAGGACAGGGUGGCGAGGUGCUGAGCCAUUUGAAGGUGCAGCUCCUUGUGCGUGCAUACCAAGCUCGAGGACACCACAAGGCAAAGAUCGACCCCCUCGGUAUCAGAAGUCAGGACUCCCUCAGUGGCACCGUCCCUAAGGAGCUGGAGCUAUCCACAUACGACUUCACCGAGGCCGACAUGGAGACGGAGUUUUCAUUGGGACCCGGUAUUCUCCCCCGUUUCAAGACAGAGACUCGCGAUAAGAUGACUCUCCGUGAGAUCAUCGACAACUGUGAGCGCCUUUACUGCGGCUCUUACGGUAUCGAGUACAUCCACAUUCCGGACCGAGCGCAAUGUGACUGGCUCCGACAGAGAAUCGAGGUUCCACAGCCCUUCAAAUACUCUGUCGACGAAAAGCGAAGAAUUCUGGACAGGAUGAUCUGGUCUUCUUCAUUCGAGUCUUUCCUCGCGACCAAGUAUCCCAACGACAAGCGUUUCGGUCUUGAGGGUGGAGAGUCACUCAUUCCUGGUAUGAAGGCUUUGAUCGAUCGGUCCGUAGACUACGGCGUCAAGGACAUUGUCAUUGGUAUGCCACACAGAGGUCGAUUGAACGUGCUGUCCAACGUGGUCCGCAAGCCCAACGAGUCUAUCUUCUCAGAAUUUGGAGGCUCCGCCGCGCCUUCUGACGAGGGAUCUGGUGAUGUCAAGUACCACUUGGGUAUGAACUUCGAGCGACCCACUCCAUCCGGCAAGCGCGUGAACCUUUCCCUCGUGGCCAACCCAUCCCAUUUGGAGGCCGAGGAUCCAGUCGUGCUUGGCAAGACUCGCGCGAUCCUCCACUACAACGGCGAUGAGGAGAAUGCGACCUCCGCCAUGGGUGUCCUUCUCCACGGUGACGCCGCUUUCGCUGCUCAGGGUGUCGUGUACGAGACCAUGGGAUUCUAUGCGCUUCCUGCGUACCAGACCGGAGGAACCGUCCAUCUCAUCGUCAACAACCAGAUUGGUUUCACCACUGACCCACGCUUCGCUCGCUCUACCCCAUACUGCUCAGACCUCGCCAAGUUUGUGGAUGCUCCGGUGUUCCACGUCAACGGUGAUGAUGUUGAGGCUCUCAACUUUGUCUGCCAAAUGGCCGCCGAUUGGCGUGCGGAGUUCAAGAAGGACGUCAUUGUCGACAUUGUCUGCUACCGCAAACAAGGUCACAACGAGACUGAUCAGCCAUCUUUCACUCAGCCACUCAUGUACAAGAAGAUCAGCGAGCAAGUUCCAACCCUCGACAAGUACGUCAAGCAACUCAUCGAUGCCAACACUUUCACAAAGGAGGACGUCGACGAGCACAAGAAGUGGGUCUGGAACACCCUCGAGGAGUCGUUUGAGAAGUCGAAAGACUACACACCAACAGCCAAGGAGUGGCUGACCAGCGCAUGGCACGGCUUCAAGUCACCCAAGGAGCUUGCCACCGAAGUUCUGCCCCAUCUGCCAACCGGCAUCAAGGCCGAGACCCUGAAACACAUCGCAAAGGUCAUCGGCGAGCCGCCAGAGGGCUUCAACGUCCACCGCAACCUCAAGCGCAUUUUGGCCAACCGCACAAAGUCUGUCAACGAGGGCAAGAACAUUGACAUGUCCACUGCGGAGGCUCUGGCCUUUGGUUCUCUCUGCUUGGAGGGCAAGCACGUUCGCGUGUCUGGUCAAGAUGUCGAGCGUGGCACCUUCUCCCAGCGUCACGCAGUCUUGCACGACCAGGAGAGUGAAAAGACCCACACUCCUCUAAGGAAUCUCGGCGACGACCAGGGUACCUUUGUCAUCGCCAACUCUAGUUUGAGCGAGUUUGGUGCUCUCGGGUUCGAAUAUGGCUACUCACUGUCCUCGCCAAACGCUCUCGUCAUCUGGGAGGCGCAAUUCGGUGACUUUGCCAACAACGCCCAAUGUAUCAUCGAUCAAUUCAUCGCCUCCGGUGAAGUCAAGUGGCUGCAACGAUCCGGUCUGGUCAUGAACUUGCCCCACGGCUACGACGGCCAAGGUCCCGAGCACAGUUCCGGCCGCAUGGAGCGCUUCUUGCAGCUUUGCAACGAGGACCCACGCAUCUUCCCCAAGCCUGACAAGCUCGACCGUCAACACCAGGACUGCAACAUGCAAAUCACCUACUGCACGACACCCGCCAACUACUUCCACAUCCUCCGUCGCCAGAUGAACCGUCAAUUCCGCAAGCCUCUCAUCAACUUCUUCUCCAAGAGCUUGCUCCGUCACCCACUCGCCCGCUCCAACAUCGAGGACCUCGAGGGCGAGUCUCACUUCCAAUGGAUCGUCCCGGACCCAGCUCACGAUGCCAACGCCGAGUUCAAGAUUGACUCGCAUGACAAGAUCAAGCGCGUGAUCCUCUGCUCUGGCCAAGUCUUCGCCGCAUUGUUCAAGCACCGGGAAGCCAACAAACUCACCGACACUGCCAUCACCCGUAUCGAGCAACUCAACCCCUUCCCUUGGGCUCAGCUCAAGGAGAACUUGGACUCCUACCCGAACGCCGAGACGAUCGUCUGGUGUCAGGAGGAGCCGCUUAAUGCCGGCGCGUGGUCGUUUGCUCAGCCGAGAAUCGAGACGCUGUUGAACAACACUGAGCACCACGACAGGAAGCAUGUCAUGUAUGCUGGUCGCAACCCGAGUGCGUCUGUCGCGACCGGUUUGAAGAGCAGCCAUAUGAAGGAGGAGCAGGACUUGUUGAAGAUGGCUUGGAGUGUGCAUCAGGAUAAGCUGAAGGGCGAGUAGAGGGGAUGAGUAGCAGUCUUCUGAUGGCAUCUUUGCGUUCUGUAUUUUGAUUGAGUGUUUCAGUAAACAAAAGCUUCUGCUGCGU